GACUUGGAGGAGCGUCUCCGCCAUCAUCACCAUGCAGAGCUGCAGUCUCUCAGAGAGGCUCACCGCCAGAGCAUCGAGACUCUCAAACAGCAGUCAGAACAAGAGCUGCAAACACUCCGCUUUGAACUGGAGGACGAGGGCAAAGCCAUGCUGGCCUCUCUGCGAUCAGAGUUGAACCACAUCCACGCAUCGGCCAUCGAACACCUGAGACAAACCCACCAACAGGAGUUAGCUGCUGCCAAGAUGGAGCUGGAGAAAACACUGGAGAACAACCGGACACAG